AUGUGGUUGCUCUGUCGGCGUGCUGAGGAUUUGGAUCAGCUCGUGUUUACUAUAACUAAAGUUCUGACUCUUUGUGUGCCAUGGUUCACCUGUCCCUUUUGCAAUCACGAGAAGUCCUGUGACGUCAAAAUGGAGCGGACUAGGAAUACAGGUGUCAUCUCCUGCACAGUCUGCCUGGAGGAGUUUCAAACCCCCAUUACAUAUCUGUCGGAGCCGGUGGAUGUGUAUAGUGACUGGAUAGAUGCCUGUGAAGUAGCAAACCAAUAG